UCUGAUAACAAAAAAUGAAGCAGUAAAAGAAAAAAAAAGUUCUAUUCUCUUCUUUUUUCUUUCCCUUACACUAAAUUCAUAUGAGCCAACAAGUACAGAUGGCUCAUAGAAAUAUAAUAACAAGGAACCCAUACUUGUUUUACACGACUACUUCCUUUGCCUUUGGUAUCGUAGUCACUCUACUUGCAUUAUGUACUUCACCCAAUACUUGGUCAGAUUUCUAUAACUCAAGACCUGUAAGAGGAGACAUGGGAUUUGGUCGUUUUCUUAUUCGAGGCACUCGGUUUGUCAAUGGCCAAUAUACGCCAUUUGCCUACCCCUGGAGACAAGUCAACCCAAGCCAACUGGGUGAAUGGAUCGCGUGGACAUUUUAUUUAGUGCAUCAAGUCAGUCAAUGGCUUAUUUUGGCUCGUGUUCAACUAUCAAAGCAAAAACAAGUACGUUGGAGUGAUGAUUACCAAUGGUGGAAUUGGCAAAUGGUCUAUUUGAAUAGUUUUAUGGCAGUUUACAAAAUAAUUCAUGGUCACUUAUUCUAUGAUGGUCUAUCUUUGACUGUACCUGAAGGUGUUGCUCAAGGUUCAGUGGUUGUAAUCUUGGUUUUUGCUAUCAUUAUGGCUAUCCCAUAUCGAGGCAUCAUUUUUGGGUAUGGAAAGAAACCAGCUUCUGAUCCUGUUAUACAGUUUAUUCGAAAAUAUCAUGGUUAUGGUAUGAGUUUUGGUACAGUGCUUAACUUUCAUUACCAUCCAGUGGAAGGAACCAUGGGACAUUGUUUUGGAUUUAUUUACCAAUGUUUACUCAUUUGGCAAUCUACCAACUUUUUGCACAGAAGUCAUCGGAACAAAACUUGGGUUCUGUUUUUGGAAAUUUGGGUAUUUAUUCAUGGUACCUUGACUGCACUGAUCCAACCUGGUAUUGGAUGGCAAAUUUUUUCUUAUGGUUUCAUGGUGAUGUUCCUAGUUAACCAAGUGUUUCAGACCAGGUUCAGUCAAAAUCGUUUUGGAUUGAGUGCUUUGUAUAGCUUGUUUUUCAUUUGGGCUUAUUAUGGAUUUCGUAAAGACAAAGGUUAUUAUCGUGCUACAUUUAUUCCUGUUUCGGAAUACCUCUGUGUCUAUUUUGCUUUGGGCGUAGGUAAAUCAGUACAGUAUGGAUUGGAGUAUAUACCCAAGCAGCUUCAUAAGCCUGUCAUUUUUGUGGCUGGUUUGGGAACGACGGCUGCUCUUACAGUUGGAUUAGCUCUCACUUUAGCAGGCAAUUUAAAGGUUUAUAAUGAUUAUUAAAAAUAAUUAAUUUUUUU